AUGACACAGGAACAGAAAUAUCGGAGCGAGAGGGACUCGAUGGGUGAGUUCCAUGUGCCUGCGGACGCCUAUUAUGGGGCGAACACGAUGCGGGCGGUGCUGAACUUUCCAAUCAGUGACUUGCGGUUUCCGCGCUCGUUCAUCAAGGCGCUGGGGCAGAUUAAGCAGGCUGCGGCGCAGGUGAACGAGGAGCUUGACCUUCUGGACGGCGAGCUUGCAGACGGCAUCGUGCAGGCGGCGCAGGAAGUUAUCGAUGGAAAACUGGACGACCAGUUCGUUGUUGAUAUAUUCCAGACUGGCAGCGGCACAUCGACGAACAUGAACGUGAACGAGGUCAUAUCUAACCGCGCGAUCGAGAUGAUGGGCGGCGUGAUAGGCUCGCGGUCGCCGGUACAUCCAAACGACCAUGUGAACAUCGGGCAGUCGUCGAACGAUGUCAUUCCCACUGCCAUCCAUGUGUCGGCUCUGAAGGCGAUUCAUGACGACCUCAUCCCUGCCCUGGAGCAGCUUCAAGAAGGGUUGCGGCAGAAGUCGGAAGAGUUCAUGCCGGUUAUCAAGACGGGACGGACACACUUGCAGGACGCAACGCCUGUGCGCUUGGGGCAGGAGUUUCUGGGGCAUGCGGGGCAGAUCGAGCGAGGCAUCGAGCGCCUUCGACACGCGGAACGCGAACUGAGUGAGGUUGCUCUGGGCGGCACAGCUGUGGGUACGGGCGUUAAUACGCACCCGGAGUUUUCGGGUCUGGUGUGUGUGCGGCUCUCGAAAGUGCUGGGCGUGGAGGUUCGUGAGACAACAAACCACUUCCAGGCGCAGAGCACAUUGGACAAUGUUGUGGAGGCGAGCGGUUCGCUGAAGACGGUUGCCGUGAGCCUGAUGAAGAUAUGCAAUGAUAUUCGCUGGCUUGGUUCGGGACCGCGUGGCGGUAUUGGUGAGAUAGAACUGCCGGAGGUGCAGCCGGGAAGCUCAAUCAUGCCGGGCAAGGUGAACCCGGUGAUACCGGAGUCUGUUUGCCAAGUUGCGGCGCAAGUCAUCGGGAACGAUGCAGCUAUUGCCGUUGGAGGGCAGUCGGGGAACUUUGAGAUAAACGUAAUGAUGCCCGUGUGCGCUUACAACCUGUUGCAGUCGAUUGACCUUCUGGCUGCUGCUGCGCGCAAUCUUGACGAGCAGUGCGUGCGCGGAUUGAAGGCGACGAGCGCGGGGCCUGAUAUGGUCGAGCGCGGGCUUGCCAUCGUGACGACGCUUGUGCCGCAUAUCGGGUACGAUGAUUCGGCGGCGAUUGCCAAGGAAGCGCAGGCGACUGGCAAGACGGUGAAGGAAGUAGCUAUCGAGAAGACGAGCCUUUCGUCAGAAGAGCUUGACGAGAUUCUGGAUCCUAGUGGGAUGACGGAGCCGGGACUGUCGGCGGGCGGAGUGUCAGUGGGCUGA